CACCGCUGCAACAGGAAGAUCAAUGGCCACUCUGCGUUCGAACUGACCAGUGGCGGAAGGCAAAAACAAUGGCGGAGCCAAAGAUGGUGAUUAUCGAGAUUUCUCCAGAUUCCUUGGAAGAGACAAAGACAAAGAGGAAAGGUUUUACAGUGAAGGAAGAAGAAGAGGAGGAGACACCCGUCAGAGCAGUGUUCUGUCUGAAUUCCAGACACGAUAUGAAGCGUUACGAGGAAACGGAGGAUUGCUUCAUCCUCGAUUUCGAUCCUUUCGAGGCAUUGGAGGUUCGUAAGCUCUCCUUCUCCGACGAUCGGCCCGACAAUCAGGAUGAUGAUGACUUGACUAUCAUCCACGAGAAAGGCCAGGUGGCUUGCAGGGAUUACCCACAUCCAAGACAUCUAUGUGUCAAAUUUCCUUUUGGAACGACCCCUCAUUCAACCCACUGUCCUCUUGAUUUGACGGAAUGCGUAUUUGUGGCUUUGGAUUGGAUGCAGUGUUACUGUUACGUCUGUGAUUCGGCUGCUCCAUGUGAAUCAUGGAAUGGUAUGACACCGCAUUGUGAUGCUUCUGAACACAAUCAUGAAUGGAGGCUUAUUAGGGAAACGAGGAAUUCAGCUACUUGCAAUUGAACCUCGAUUCUGUUAUUUACCUCUCUCCCAUGGCGGCAGCUCUUCUGAUACGGUCUCCUUCAACCUCGGUUUGUUCAUGGAUGACUAAACUAUUGUAUAAACUUUUCGACCGAAUGUAGAGAAUGGAAGUGUAAGGUUUCAGUUCAGGUGGCUUCAUAGGAGCAUCUUUUGUGGUUUGAAGUAAAGAUGUUCACUUGGAUCCGAGACUGUUGCAUGUGUCUUGCUCUGUGUAUUUAUAUUAUCUAAGGCUACCUCUUUGAACAUGUCCAUAAUUCCGACAGUAAAGCUUUGACUGUUUGCUUGC